AUGAAUUCAACACACUAUUUAACAAUAAUUGGAAACGUCUUAAUAAUAACCUCGAUCAUAACAACACCUAAACUCUGCAUACGUCCCAAUUAUCUCAUACUAUCGCUCAGUAUAACCGAUCUCCUGAUCGGUGUCUUCUCAAUGCCUGUGACGGCAUACUAUGGUAUCGUAUAUGUAAGCGAUUGGAUAAUGGGAUCAAUUAUAUGUGACAUUCACUACUUCAUGGCCGGGGUCUGUACGACCUCAUCAUUUCUACAUCUCAUGUGUAUAGCCAUCGAUCGGUACCUAUCGGUCACAAGAAUACAGUACUCGAGGAAUAAAUCCUUAACACAUAUAAAGACAAUGAUUUCAUUUUCGUGGACUUUUUCUAUACUUGUCACGUGUUGA